AUGAAGUGUAAGCAUCCAUUGUGUAUUGAAAAAUGCAGAGAAAAAGCAAAACUAAAUGCAGAUGUAGUGCAAUGCAAAUGUAUUGAAGAUAUUGGGAUAUUUAUUUGGGAAUGGUCCCCAGCCCAUAGUUCACCCGAUACGAGAAUAACUAAUGAUAAUAAGGAUAUUUUAUUUCAUCCUUGCUAUAGUUCUGGUACUGCAGCUGUGAGAGGAACCAUACCAUUUGAGAGAAACUUACAUUAUUAUUGGGAAGUGCAAAUGACUUCAAAUAUGUAUGGAACCGAUGUGAUGGUAGGUGUUGGUACAGCAAAAGUUGUAUUUGCUGACUGGAAAUUUAGGUUCUGUAGUCUACUAGGAAUAGAUUCUCAAUCAUGGGGUUACUCCUACCAUGGACUUAUUCAACACAACAAAUUAGUUAGGAAGUAUGGAUCAAAAUUUGGGUUGGGUAGCUCUAUUGGAGUUCAUUUAGAUAUGAACAAAGGAACUUUAGAAUAUUUUUUAAAUAGAAAACCUUUAGGAAUUGCUUUUACUGGGAUUAAAACUCAGGAACUAUACCCCAUGGUUAGUUCUACGGCAGCUCAAUCUGCAGUUAGGUUAACCUGUGCAGUAUCAGAAGAAUCUACCUUACAGAUGUUGUGUUUAGACUUUAUUGCAAAACACAAAAAUCUGUACCAAAGUUAUCAACAGAUUCCUGGCCUUAAACGGUUGUAUGAAAGGAAGUACUUUUGGAUUGGGCCAAAUUUUGAAGAAGAUAAGAUAAAACGCUUAGCAAACUUAGAAGACAACUUGAUGUGUCCUUUAUAUUAUGAAAACUUCCUGAAAUCCCAUAAGAAACUAAGAACCACGCCUUGGUUCCCUUCGGAUUUCAGUAGUGACAUUGACACAAGUGACUCAAAUGUAUCGAAUGCAUCUUCUGAUUAUGAUACGCAAUGA